AUGAGGCUAUGUGGAACGGAAAAAGUGCUCCGCUGCUUAAAUAUAAUCCUCGUGCACUUGGCGAGUCUCAAUAUGCCGAGUUAGCGCGGAGGAAAAUUGAUAUCGGGCGCGCAAAGCGUGCUAUUUCAUUCUUGUCUUAAACUAACGAAGUUCAGCUUAUUCAGUUUAAAAGAAGGAAUAUGCCUUAUAAUCCAACUGACAAACGAUUCAACUUUUUGAGAUGGUAAAAGGAGUCAACAUUUCUCUGCAAAUUCGGUCACUUGUUCACUCUCUGAUACACAGCUUUCCUCGAUAUUCCUCACUGCAUUUGAUGUGAUAAAACUAGAUUCUUCUAGAAAUACUGAGCUUCUUGAUGGGUUGUCAUAUUGUCAUUAUCCACACCGGCUGAAAGGGGUGUUUGCAAUAAGUAUGAACAAUUGAUAUUUCGAACUGUUCUGCGCGUUUUCAGUUUUUAUAUCUAAGGAAACAUGAAAACUUGAUUGAUAGCUUUUGUUUGCUAGAAAGGCCUGUGUUAGACUGUUACGAUGCAAUGUUCAAAUAACGAUUGUAAAAACAAAAGAUAAAUUCAAAGUCGAAUGAACUGCAUACGAUAUAAACAGUUUCACUACAGCAGAAGAGGUCUAAAAAGCCAAACUUAAAGUAGGAAAUCUGUUGUCUUGAGUUUUCCUCAAAUUAAUUCUUUUUAAGUAUUAAGUUUUUCUCACUUGUUUUCUGUAAAGUGUUUUCCCCUUUAUUGCGGUAACAUUAGUCAUGAAUGACAAAUAAAACUGACAGGAUAAAACGCUGUUUCCGUGCACUCUCUAGAAGGCGUGAUUAUAUAAACUAAUUACACCUUUUUCUAUUGCUUUAAAUCUUUUGAACACUGUCAAUAAUGUCACUGUCAUACUUGUGAAUGGCAGGGUAAAAUUUUGGGUGUUUCUGGUUUGAAUUCUAAUGAUAAAUUUUAGCGAUUAAAGAUGAACCUGAAUCGAAAAACUUACGUGGCUUAGCGACUGCGAACAGGAUAAACGGGCAAUCAACAAUGAAAACAGAACAUAGGCACCUCGAUAAACGUGGCAGAUUGCCACUUCACUGGGCAGGUGGUUUUUUGUGGCAUUGCCCGGAGCACAGUUAGUGGUAAAUAGAAAUGAAAUAGCUCUUCAUAUCGCCCAGCAACGACAGCAAAACACAUCAGAAAGAUCCAAAUUUGCAUGUUAAAAAAUAGUAAGAACUAACACGUAGUUUUGUAUAUAGCUAUCCCCAGGGACAAGGAAAACAACGGAGGGACUUCUUUGAUUUGGAAAAACAGCGAGGAUUUCUCGUUGAUAAUCAGUGCUUCUAGUGAAAAGGAAAUUCAAAAAGACAAAAUCUGGCUGAAGAAUUAGUAGAAAAGCUUUCGCAAUCAGACAUUUUGUGAUUUUCUAUAUCGAAUUUCGGUCUCAAGUGGCACAUGCCAAAUUGUUAUUGCGUUCAAUUUUCACUAAAAGCAACAAAAGGGAGGAUGUCUUCGCGCGACAGCAAGGAACCUGCUGAACGGAUUGGAUCAUCGACAACCAAACGCAUGUCGACUUUAAAUGAGCAUGAAGACCACAUUCUUCGUCGCAGAAUAAACGCGUAUCAAAAGAUUCACAACAAAGAGAUUGCCGGAGUGGCAAGCAAACUCGAUGAAAUCAGGGAAUCCAUGAAGGCCCUCGCGACAGAUCCACUGUUAGGAACACACGCGUUGAACAAUGUAGAGCCUAACGGCGGAGUUCACCCUCCCCGAAGUCCUGUCGCUAAUGGGCAAAAGUCGAAACUUCGUCGCACCCAGAGCUUUCCCGAGGUAUUAGACGGAUUAAACAUUCGUAGCACAAACACUUCGUCUUUUCCCGCCCUCAAAGGCGUGCGCCAUGCUGUGAAAUCGGGGGAGAGGACGGCAUCGAAUGAUGUAACCAAAUCAAGAGCAAGGUCCAUUGGCUCGCCUCAGAUUCACGACAGCCUUCAAUUAGGGAGAGACGCGGCGAGCGACUGGCAAGAGAUGGGACAUAAAAAGCUGGAAAGGUCCAAAACGGCUCCUGUGGCAAUGCUGCAACCACUUUUGAAAACCACGCCAGAGAUGAUGAGAAAGAAAAUACACAUUUCAACUUCGAAUCGGCACAGCAACGAAGAAGCUACAGCGAGAAGGGGGCUUUCGCCACGAGUAGCGGAUGCGAGUUCAAGGAUGCAUUCACUCCAAACUCAAGGUGAUUCAGGAAACGUUCUUUCUCGACCAAAAACGUCGCCUAACUCACAGCUGAAUUUUAAAAUCGCACCGCCUCGUGGUUCAUUACACGACUCCAGAAAGCAGUCGAAGUUUCCGGCCAAGCGAAUGGGCGCCAAAGAGGAGUCAAAUGGUCUAGGCGAUACUUUUCAAUCCUUACAAAACGCCCACGAACAUAAAUCAUCUAACAAGAGUAUCGCCAAGCCUCCCCAAAAAUUUCAAGACGACCUCUUUGCGGCGACCGCCCUCAGUGACAAAGAACCCAAUAUUGAAGACCUCAGAUAUUGCGGAUACUUAAGGUUUUCUAAAGAAAGCCAAGAAAGCAAUCGAAUUUGACGCAGCGGGCCAAAAACAACAUCGUCCGAGGUUAUGUAAACUAUGGUUGAAUUAAUACAAGUUUCGUCAGAAAUCAGUCAAAAAACUGGCAAAGUUUUAGCAAACGGAAGGAUCCCGUUCUUUGCCAAUAAUAAAGGCAUCGAUUAUUUUGGUUGGAAAUGUUUUGUGUUAGCCAAGGCUGUAUGUGAAAAAUUUUUUCAAUAAUUCCACUUUAAUCAUAUGUUUUGAAAACCAAAAAAAAAUUGAGUAGCGGAAACGGAAUCGUUUUCCGUUUUAAAACGAAGAAACACGAAGCUUAAAGUGCUUUAUACAUUUGGUUGCUUUGAAAUAUUAGCAUUAAUUUAUAUAAGUGAGACGACGUUCAUAUUCGGUUAG